AUGCCUUCCGAGCAUUUCUUAAAGAUCAAAAAGCCUUUCCAGAAUCCGGUGACGAUAGAUAAGCCCUCCAAAUAUCACAUGCCGAUCGGACAGCCCUUUGAGGGUUUGUCGUCUAUCAAGAAGCCCUUCAAGUGUUUCUCGACGACCGAAAAACCCUCCGAAUGUUUCUCGACGAUUGCAAAGCUUUUCGAGCAUUUCUCGAAAAUCAAGAAGACCUUCGAGCGUUUCUCAACGAUCAAAAAACCCUUCGAGUGUUUUUCGACGAUUAAAAAGCCUUCCGAGCAUUUCGCAAAGAUCAAGAAGCCUUUCUAUAAUCCUUUGACGAUUAAAAAACCCUAUAAAUGUCACAUGCCAAUCGAAAAGCCCUCUGAAUAUUUUUCAACGAUCGAGAAGCUCUCUAAGCGAUUCCCGACGAUCGAGAAGCUUUUCCAGAAUCCUUUAACGAUCGAUAAGCCCUUCAAAUAUAACAUGCCAAUUAUGAAGCCCUCUAAGUGUUUGACGACGAUCAAGAAGCCCUCCAAGUGUUGCUCAACGAUCAUUGAGCUCUCCUAG